AUGGCUUCUCAUCUAAAAGGUGUUGCAAAAUCAUCUAUGUCAGAUCAAAUACGUAAGGAGUUUUGUGAGUACAAGAGAGAUAAUUCUGCAAGCACACAAAAAGACUUGCAGAGAUGGCUUGAGGGAAAAUUUCAGUUGAAAAUUAGUCAAAGAACAAUAUCAAACACACUUAAACGGUCGGAUGACUAUCUCUCUGCUGAAAUAGAAAAGGGAAGAGCAGAGAUCAAAAGACACGAACCAGCAAAAUAUCCUGACAUGGAGAAGGUUAUUUAUGAGUGGUUUCUCCAGCAUCAAGAACGUGUGAAUAUCACAGGAGAAUUAAUUUUGCAGAAGGAAAGAGAUACAUGA